GCCACGAAUCAGCAGACAACAUCGACUGGAAUGACAUUCUCAAAGCAGUUGCAGUUCCACUGGACAAGGCGGCUCUCUCCGCCGCUGAAGGUGAGAGAGUCGAGAAAGAGCUAGAAGGGCUGCUGGUGUCGCGGCCUGAAGAGGGCGAACCCUCAGUCACCAGCGAUGAUGCCGGCAAG